AUGGGAAUUGGAACAUCAGUCAACCGAGUAAAAGCAUUCGAAUGGUACGAGAAAGCUGCAUUUGGCGGCUCAGUAGCCGCUCAAUGUAACUGUGGAAACUGCUUGUUGGAAGGUCGCGGAGUAAAGGAAAAUGUACGGAACGCCUAUAUCUGGUAUCGAAAAGCCGCGAAAAGUCGAUAUCAUAAAGCUCAACACAUGUUGGGAUAUUGUCACGAGUAUGGAGUUGGGACGCUGUUAGAUAUUCAUCAGGCGAUUAUUUGGGAUAGGAGAGCACUAAAAAAUGGAAAUGUGGAGGCAAAAACUUCAUUAGACCAUAUUUUUACGUUUUCUGCUUUUGUGGAAUUUUAA